AUGUAUCGAAACCAGGGUGUUUCCCCUCCCUGUCGCCCUCCCUCCCACUCUCCUUCCCCCUUCACUCAACCCAUUUCCCCCUUCCUCACUCUCCUUCCCCCUUCACUCACCCCAUUUUCCCGCUUCUCACUCUCCUUCCCCCUUCACUCACCCCAUUUUCCCCCUCCUCAUUCUCCUUCCCCCUUCACUCACCCCAUUUCCCCCCUCCGCACUCUCCUUCCCCCUUCACUCACCCCAUUUUCCCGCUCCUCACUCUCCUUCCCCCUUCACUCACCCCAUUUUCCCGCUCCUCACUCUCCUUCCCCCUUCACUCACCCCAUUUUCCCGCUCUCACUCUCCUUCCCCCUUCACUCACCCCAUUUCCCCCCACCUCAUUCUCCUCCCCCCUUCACUCACCCCAUUUCCCCCCUCCGCACUCUCCUUCCCCCUUCACUCACCCCAUUUCCCCCCUCUGUACACUCCUUCCCACUUCACUCAUCCCAUUUUCCCGCUCCUCACUCUCCUUCCCCCUCCACUCACCCCAUUUCCCCCUUCCUCACUCUCCUGCCCCCUUCACUCACCCCAUUUCCCCCCACCUCAUUCUCCUUCCCCCUUCACUCACCCCAUUUCCCCCCUCCGCACUCUCCUUCCCCCCUGCUCACUCUCUUCCCCCCUGCACACUCUGUUUCCCCCUGUUCACUCUCUUCCCCCCUGCUCACUCUGUUUCCCUUUGCUCCCCAGGUGUUGUGGCUUUACCACCCCCCGGUAUUUUGCAUGCAGUGUAGCAGACAAGAGUGGAAAGAAACAAGUCAGCUGGCAACUUCUAUGCUACGUUAA